AGUGCCAAUUCAUCACCUUUUUCGAUUUUCCACACCCAAAUCCAGAUCAAUCCACAACUUCCAUUGCACAAUACACAACUCAAUAUACCUUUCCACCUCUGGAUUUAACAAUUUCUGCCAUUGAAAAAGUUUUGCCUUCAAAAAUGAUGGAAGCUUGCUUACAAAGUCAAUAUAGCCAAUUAGAAAGGUCAUAUAUAUAGCUGCCAACAACCUUCUCUUCAUCUAUUCUUUGUAGCCCUUAGGUCCAUUAAGUUUAGAUUGGUGACAAAGAUUCUUAGUCGCCAUGAAAGAGAAAAAAACAAGUUUUGUUGUUCUUCCUUUUUAUAUGGGAUGUUUGUCUCAGAUAACUACAUGUGAAAAGAAUUCCAGCCAAUCAAGGACGAAAGCAAUGGCGGAAUCGAACCAGGUUGCAACAAGCAUGGUGGUGGAGGGAGAAAGCAGUUCGUCAAUGGUGAAACUCAAGAGAUCUUGGAGUUAUGUGGCUCCAAGAAGAUCUAACAUCACCACGGUGAUGGAUAAGCUAGUCAAACUCACGUUCAGAAGCUUUGCUCGAGUAUUUGCAUACAAAGAUAUCGAGGACAUAAAGACUGAGACCGAGAUGGAAAUAGGGUUUCCAACGGAUGUAAAGCAUGUCACACACAUAGGCUAUGAUGGAUCAAUGACUACAAACCCCGAAAAAAUCUGGGAUCAUUUUCAAUUGCAACCACUUGAAACGCAUUCUUUUCCUUCACUUUCUUUAAAACAGUUAAUUGAGCCUACAAUGGCUAAUCGGGCAGAGGGCCCUACAACUUUAUAAUUGAAAUUUGAUACCAAUCAUAUCAAACUGAGAUUAAGAAAUAGGAGAGCGAAAAUGAUUUGGUUUUGUGGUGAAAUUUGUUGUUAUUUUUGGAUGUUUGGUUCUGAUCUUAGUGAGAUUGAUUGUUUUUUGAACAA